UGCAGCGUGAAGAAGUGAUGCAGCACAAAUGGAUCCUGCUCGUUGGUGAUGAUGGCAAGGCGUUUACCUCGGUCGAUCGCGUGACACUCCUGGACGAUGCAGUCGUUGUUGAUCUGCGAGAUGCGAUAAAAGAAAAGUUCAAAGACAGUCAUCUGGCUGGGAUUGCUGCGGCCGACCUCACUGUCUUCGCGGACGGGGCAGCGUUCGAGGCGAAGCAGAAGCUGGAAGAGGAUUCUCCUAUUAACGCACUUGGCGCAGCGAAGAAAGGUGCACUCAUCGUGGUAGUGAAGGCACCGUCUGCGCUGAGAUUGACGGCUCAAGCUAGCUACCCCCCUUUUCUGAAAAAAGCGAUUGAGAUUGCCAACGUCAUGUUGACCCACAACAGAUAUUUUGAAUUGGAUUUGAGCGCAGACAGUACGACAAGAAGAAAUCUUCGUGAUGUCAAAGUGAAGUUUCGGCGACCCGAGAAAGGAUCUCUCUAUGGCUGGACAGAUCGAAGCGCGAGUGCAAAAGUCAUCUUCGUCAAUGAAGUUCUACUCCAUCGCAUGGAAACAUUGGGUCAAGCAGACAAUUCGCACGAGUACCAGUGUAUUGUAUUCGUGUUGGCGGCAACGAUUUUUCAUGAAUGUGCUCACUUGGCAUUGCGAUGGAAAAACAUCUUGGAUAGUCCAUCCAAGUACAAGUUUGAAGUUGGUACCUUCAUGGAAACGGUUCUGUUCCAAGGCACAUGCCGAGUCAAAAUCCAGCAGAGUACCCGAGCCACGUCAAAGAGGUCCAAGAGGAGCUGUGGCGUAUGGACGAAGGAAAUGCCCAUUUUGGAUGUGGUGAUUGAUGGCAAUGGACUGAGCGUUAUUCGAGCAGAUCACUUGAACAAGUUUUUCACCCCAGGAAAGCUUUGUGACAAAGCGCUCUUUCCGCUAGAGCUUGCGACGUAUCGAAGAACGAAAGGGGCUACAGCUUAUCUGGACGCUGAUCGCAAAAGACGUCGAACAUCGCCAGAGGAUCCCAACAUUAUGAUGCCCCCGCUGUGCGGUAUCUCCGAAAAUCGACACGCACGAAGGAAAUUGUCGGUGUAA